GACGUAGAGCAACUUCACUCACAAAGGUGUCAGUUACAUGCAUGGACAAUACUCUCUUCAGACAUAUGCGCCGUACACGUAGACUCUUUAUGCAGAAUCAGAGUCUUAACAAAAUUUCUCUAUGCCAAAUGCAUUUCUUCGACACGAAAGACAAACCGCCUCUUUACGCCGGUAUAGCCGCCGUAUCCCUUAUGAUCCUCACCGGUUUAACCUUCACCGGCAUGGCCGCGGCUCUAGCCGUAAUGAUGCCGGUUUUUGUGGUUCUUAGUCCGAUUCUCGUACCGGCAGUUAUCACUUCAAGUGUCUUGGCCACGGGUUUCUUAGCUUCUGGUAGCCUCGGAGCAUUCGGAAUCGCCCUCCUUGUCUGGCUCUACAAGUAUAUGCCAUUGAUGGAAGACAAGCUGUUGGGAGAGGAAGAUAAACCGCCGGGAAAAGAUAAGCCGCCACAAAUAGAGAAAUCGAGUGAAGGAUAUAAGCCGGCAGAAGAAGAUAAACCACUCGAAGGAGUUAAACAUGCGUCAAUCCCUGAGAUAUCAAAGGUUAUGGUGGUGGAGCAAAAACCACUUGUCCCCAAGUGUUACGGCCCAAGUACUUCUACUAAAAGGUCUCAUCAAUUUCGAUUCGCCAUGGAUGCUAAAAGAGCACGAUCUAUUUUUAUGAAAGAGUACCAAAAAGCUCCUCGUGUAGGAGCUUUUGCAUAUAAAUACUUUACCUCUCGUGACAAAAAGUACUUAAACCAUAUUCAUAUAUGACAUUUGGGAUGUUAUUGGUACCAACGUUUAUAUACUGAUUGAAAGAGUCGAAACGUAAAUUUAUCA